AUGUCUCGGGACUGGAGAGGAGGUCAGCCCUUUUUGCGGAGCACUUACCCUAAGCGUUUUGGCUCUAUCGAAGCUCAAGACGGUCCCCCGAUAUGGUCGAGGGCUCUCCUUACACUUGAUAUCACAACAUCAUUCAUCGGGACAGGUGCGAGCAACGAAGCCCACUCCAACAGCAGGGCGGGCUGUGGCAUAACAGUCACUAGCGCCGAAGGUACUUUUCAGUACGAAGAACACGCAGUGGUGUUUCUCUACAGUUGUACUUCCGUCUUUGAAUUGCGCCCGAAGAGCCACAGUUGCUAUUUUCAUCGUCACUAUUACAAGGAGAGGAAUGACAGGG